CUCAGCCUCAUUCUUCUUGUUUUUCGCUUUUCACUUUUUUUCCCCCCUUGAAUGUGAGUGUUGCCUGCUAGCUUAUAUCUGUAUAUAUGAUGCCACAGGGACUCAUCGUCGGUCAACUUAUUUGUGCUGACCAAGAAAAGUUCGAUGGGUUAAUGGAACGUCUCGAUAUUCAAAUAGCGACAUCUAAAACUCGCACACAACUGUUCGCCGAUUUUGCGGAGAAGUACAAGAACGUGAAAGCAGUGUAUCUGUCAAUCUUUUGUGCAAAGAAUUUUGGACCUUUCGAUAAAGAGUUUAUUGAACAGCUGCCAAAAAGCGCUAAAUAUAUAUGUUACGCAAUGGCAGGAUACGACUUGCUGGAUGUCGCUGCAUGUACGGCAAGGAAUAUUUAUGUGUCCCAUGUGGAAAAUAUGGUGGAUGCGCCAUCUGCAGAUAUAGCUGUUUACCUUAUUUUAGCAUCUCUUAGAAAUGCUACGCAAUACAUCCACAACGUACGAGAAGGACGAUGGAAGCAUGGUGUUCCGUUAGGAAACGACCCAGAAGGAAAGACACUGGGGAUUUUAGGCAUGGGUGGUAUUGGUAAAGCUCUUGCUAAACGUAUGCGAGCAUUUGACAUGAAUAUACAGUAUAACAACAGAAGGCGACUUGAUCCAGAAGUUGAAGCGAAAUACGAUGCAACAUACGUCACCUUUGAUAAUCUUCUGCGCACAUCCGAUGUUAUCUUUGUAAGCGUGCCGUUGAAUGAUUCAACGUACCACUUGCUGGAUGCGCCUCAGUUCGCCAAGAUGAAAUCCGGUGUGAUUAUCAUCAACACAGCGCGUGGCCCUAUCAUCAGCGAGGACGCAUUGGUAGCUGCUUUGGAGACAGGAAAAGUAGCUGCCGCAGGGUUGGACGUAUUUGAAAAGGAGCCCGACAUCCAUCCAGGCUUAUUAGCACAUCCACGAUCCACUCUCCUGCCGCACAUUGCGUCAAGUACGAAGGAAUCACUGUAUAACAUGGAUCUAGCGACUAUGAAGAAUAUGGAGGCAGCGCUGGUUCGUGACACCCUUCUCACACCUAUUCCUGAGCAUAAACAUAUGUUUGAAACGAGUCAGAACCAGCCUUGAGCACAAGCAUAUGCUUCCGAAAAGACUGCUUGAUUGUUACCAGACUCUACUUGCGCAGAAAUAAAGCUCGCUGGGAAGGGUGUUUUUUGUAUGUUGAGACUUUUUAAAGGAG